AUGUACACACAUGCUCAUAGCUCUAAGCUCAUCCCUACUGUGGUGGAGGCGGUGGCGGUGGCGGUGGCGGAGGCGGUGGCGGUGGCGGAGGCGGUGGCGGUGGCGGUGGCGGUGCCGGUGCCGGUGCCGGUGCCGGUGGCGGUGGCGGUGGCGGUGGCGGUGGCGGUGCCGGUGCCGGUGCCGGUGCCGGUGCCGGUGCCGGUGGCGGAGGCGGUGGCGGUGGCGGUGGCGGUGGCGGUGGCGGUGGCGGUGGCGGUGGCGGUGGCGGUGGCGGAGGCGGUGGCGGUGGCGGUGGCGGUGGCGGUGGCGGUGGCGGUGGCGGUGGCGGUGGCGGUGGCGGUGGCGGUGGCGGUGGCGGAGGCGGAGGCGGUGGCGGUGGCGGAGGCGGUGGCGGUGGCGGUGGCGGUGGCGGUGGCGGUGGCGGUGGCGGUGGCGGUGGCGGUGGCGGUGGCGGCGGUGGCGGUGGCGGUGGCGGUGGCGGAGGCGGUGGCGGUGGCGGUGGCGGUGGCGGUGGCGGUGGCGGUGGCGGAGGCGGUGGCGGUGGCGGUGGCGGUGGCGGUGGCGGUGGCGGAGGCGGUGGCGGUGGCGGUGGCGGUGGCGGUGGCGGUGGCGGUGGCGGUGGCGGUGGCGGUGGCGGUGGCGGAGGCGGUGGCGGUGGCGGUGGCGGUGGCGGUGGCGGUGGCGGUGCCGGUGCCGGUGGCGGUGGCGGUGGCGGUGGCGGUGGCGGAGGCGGUGGCGGAGGCGGUGCCGGUGCCGGUGCCGGUGCCGGUGCCGGUGUCGGUGCCGGAGGCGGUGCCGGAGGCGGUGGCGGUGGCGGUGGCGGUGGCGGUGGCGGUGGCGGUGGCGGUGGCGGUGGCGGUGGCGGAGGCGGUGGCGGUGGCGGUGGCGGUGGCGGUGGCGGUGGCGGUGGCGGUGGCGGUGGCGGUGGCGGAGGCGGUGGCGGUGGCGGUGGCGGUGGCGGUGGCGGUGGCGGUGGCGGUGGCGGUGGCGGUGGCGGUGGCGGUGGCGGAGGCGGAGGCGGUGGCGGUGGCGGAGGCGGUGGCGGUGGCGGUGGCGGUGGCGGUGGCGGUGGCGGUGGCGGUGGCGGUGGCGGUGGCGGUGGCGGUGGCGGUGGCGGAGGCGGUGGCGGAGGCGGUGGCGGUGGCGGUGGCGGUGGCGGUGGCGGUGGCGGUGGCGGUGGCGGUGGCGGUGGCGGUGGCGGUGGCGGUGGCGGAGGCGGUGGCGGUGGCGGUGGCGGUGGCGGAGGCGGUGGCGGUGGCGGUGGCGGUGGCGGUGGCGGUGGCGGUGGCGGAGGAGGCGGUGGCGGUGGCGGUGGCGGUGGCGGUGGCGGUGGCGGAGGCGGUGGCGGUGGCGGUGGCGGUGGCGGUGGCGGUGGCGGUGGCGGUGGCGGUGGCGGUGGCGGUGGCGGAGGCGGUGGCGGUGGCGGUGGCGGUGGCGGUGGCGGUGCCGGUGCCGGUGCCGGUGCCGGUGGCGGUGGCGGUGGCGGUGGCGGUGGCGGAGGCGGUGGCGGAGGCGGUGCCGGUGCCGGUGCCGGUGCCGGUGCCGGUGCCGGUGUCGGUGCCGGAGGCGGUGCCGGAGGCGGUGGCGGUGGCGGUGGCGGUGGCGGUGGCGGUGGCGGUGGCGGUGGCGGUGGCGGUGGCGGUGGCGGAGGCGGUGGCGGUGGCGGUGGCGGUGGCGGUGGCGGUGGCGGUGGCGGUGGCGGUGGCGGUGGCGGAGGCGGUGGCGGUGGCGGUGGCGGUGGCGGUGGCGGUGGCGGUGGCGGUGGCGGUGGCGGUUGCGGUGGCGGUGGCGGUGGCGGAGGCGGAGGCGGUGGCGGUGGCGGUGGCGGUGGCGGUGGCGGUGGCGGAGGCGGAGGCGGUGGCGGUGGCGGUGGCGGUGGCGGUGGCGGUGGCGGUGGUGGUGGAGGUGGAGGUGGUGGUGGUGGUGGAGGAGUGGGGAAGGGGGCGCAGGGUAAGCAGGGAAGCAGGGGAAUGGGGAGCAGGGGAGCAGUGGAGAAGGGGAGCAGUGGAGAAGGGGAGCAGCGGAGCAGGGGAGAAGGGGAGGCAACGGGGCAGAGCAGCAGAGGGUCGACUGGCACACAUGGUACAGGACAAGGGCUGA